AUGAUUGGUCUGGCCAUCUUCGGCGGAGAUCGAUUGCUCCGCGCUUAUGCAGAUCAGCUGAAAGACAUGGAUCCGCGAAAACACGUCUCAAGCCCCAUUACGAGCUGUUCCUUUUGCUCUUCUGUAUCACCAAAGGUGAAGCGAGUGGCGCUCGAAAGAGAUGUUGUGCAAAGCUUGCGCUUCAAGAACGGCAAAGCAUGGCACUGCGCCUACAUGCACACGCCGGGCGCGGACGGCCCCGCAAAGCUCGCCGCGUCUGCCAGUGCCGGGUGCCCGAUGUGCAAGAUCCUUGUGGCUGCCCUCGACGCCGCGGAGCCGUUUUGGGCUAUUGGAGGAGCCUUCACGAGCCGCGGCCAUAACAUGCUCCUCAACAGGACGGGUAACCAGUCGGGCCCACCUCCGGAGGGAAUCACCAUGGUGGUCCGAAACGAGGGCGAGCUCAUCGUUGCCGAUGGUCAGAAACAAGCCGGUCUGUAUUGGAAGUACGGAGAGUAUGGGCAGGCAAGGGAGGCUGUCAACGAGACGGCGGACUGUGAAGCGAACAUGAAAUUGGCAUAUUCCUGGCUUAGCAUGUGCCUCUAUGAACACGACACGUGUGGUAUCGACAGUGACGACGAGUUCCUUCCGGCAAGGCUCAUUGACUUGGGCGACCCCGGCCAUGAUGAAGUCGCUCCGCGGCUCGUUGAGACUAAGGGCGAAUCAUGCAUGAUGCAGCAGCGACAAUACAUCACCCUGAGUUACUGCUGGGGUACUGACCGAGGAAAGACUGUCCCCAAGACAGUUCGUGAUAACCUGCAGGAUCACCUGCACGGCAUCAGCCUCAUGUCGUUGCCCAAAACCUUCCGAGACGCGAUGUCGGUUGUGAAGGAACUUGGAUACCGUUAUAUAUGGAUCGACUCUCUGUGCAUUGUGCAGGAUGACCGGCAGGACUUUGAGCGAGAGUGCAGUCAAAUGCAUCUCGUGUACUCGCAAGCACAAUGCACCAUCGUGGCAGCGGACUCUCCGGAUGGUGACGGCGGCUGUUUUCUUCCGCGCGAUGUCGACGGCAUCCGGCCUCUUAGUCUGACGCUGAAGAACAUGAACAUACAGUAUCAGAGGAUCGGGAUCAUGGACAUCAUAUUCGGACGCUUCGACAACGACCCGGACUCUGGAUCAGUCACCAUAUACCCCAACUUCGGUCCUUGGAUCAAGUCCGUUGAGCGAGGCCCCGUCUUUCGUCGUGGCUGGUGUUUGCAGGAACGGGAGCUCAGCCCUCGGGUACUGCAUUACACACACAACCGUCUGCUCUGGGAGUGUCGGGAAUGCAACGCCGCCGAGGACAGCCGACACAUGGACAAGAAGGAGACCACGAAUCCGCAGAUGGCUGGCCAUCUGUCCACGAAUCGGGUGAUGGAUACCCAGGGCACUUACACAUACUCGAACACCCCGAACCGCGUCAAGGCGCAGAUCCACAAGUGGGACCAUCUCGUGGAGAUGUUCUCCCGGCGGCAGCUGUCGGUGCCCACGGACAAACUUCCCGCUGUGUCCGGUCUAGCGGCCCUGUUUCACUCGCGCAGCUCGGGCGAAGACACGUACCUGGCGGGAAUCUGGAAGAGCAAUAUCCUCAAGGGCAUCGCCUGGAUCCCCAAGAGGCCCUCGCCUCCCAUCCCGCUUCGCGCGAGCGAAUGGCCGCCGCCGCCCGCGGACGGCGGAUCUCCGUCCUGGUCGUGGGCUUCUCACAGCGGCGAGGUUGUGCACUGCGGCGAGUCGUGGUACAGCACCGGGUGGGGCUCUGUGAUUGGAGAAGACGGCAAGGAGACAUGGGCCAGGUUACCGCUCGAAGUUGAGGUCCUAGACGAGAGCGUCCAACACGCAAGUGAAGACAUGUUUGGCCGUGUCUCUGGCGGCUCGCUUGUUCUGAGUGGCUGGACAGCGAGAUUGACGCUCUCAGAGGAUGACUGGGUGGCUGUUGAAGAGGGUGUGUCACCCAUCUCUAAUAAGCAAUACUUCCACAAAGGGUACAACGUAUGCGUUUAUUUCGAUGAGGAUAUCGAUUGUCUCCCGGCUACCGACUUUCUUAUCUUACAGUUGGGCAACGGGAAGAGUGCGCGAGGCACUCAUUCGAGAGCAAAUAACGGCCUAGUUCUUUUGAGGAGUUCAGGGGGACGGGAAGCAUAUCGACGAGUGGGCCUAUUUGAUCUGACUGGCCAGAAAGCUCAAAUCGCUUUCCUAGAUGUCCGGACAAGGAAGGAAGUGAGGAUAGAGUGA